AUGAAAUCUAUCCAAGAGAGUCAUCCAUCUAUUGACAUUGAAGUAAUCAAAGAAGCAUUAGAUAAAAGAGGCUAUAGACUUGAUGAAAUUGUUGGAUACGGUGCAUUUGCAUGCGUUUUCAAAGUUUUUUCAUAUCAAUAUAAUCAGUAUUUUGCUGCAAAGGUUUGUUAUGUUGGAAUUUCUAUGAUGACAAAGAAUAUUCAAUCAUAUACUGCAGAAAUUAAUGCUCUAUCAAAACUAUACCAUCCUGCGAUUAUCAACGUUUUCUCUUAUUUUAACGAUGGAGACUAUUUAUUCCUUAUUCUUGAUUAUUGUUCAAAAGGAAGCUUACGCGAAUAUGUUAAAAAUACUUCAAAGCCGGAUUACUCUUUGAUAUUUUCUUGGAUGAGACAGGCAAUCGAAGGAUUAGUUGCCUGCCAUUCAAUGGGUAUCACACAUAGGGAUAUAAAACCAACAAACAUUUUAAUAGACCAAUAUAAUCGUAUCAAAAUUGCAGACUUCGGUCUUUCUCUAAAUUCAGAACAUGGCAAAUACAUUUCUCGAUUUGCAGGCUCAUUACCAUUUACAUCUCCAGAAAUGAAUUCUUGUCCAAAGUACGAUCCACUUAAAGCUGAUGUUUGGGCUCUUGGAAUAACAUUUUAUUAUCUCCUUUACGGAAGGAGCCCAUACAAGGCUUCUACCGAAACUGAGCUUAAAAAGCAAAUUACUGAAGCUCAAAUAGUUAUCCCAGCUACUGUUGAUAAAAGAUUUACGAUUAUUCUAGGAAUGAUGCUUAAUCCAAAUCCUGAAGAGCGAUCGUCAGCCGCAGAUAUUUUAAAGGUGUUCAACACUAUACGUGUAAACAAGAGAGCGAAAUUUGCCAAUGUUAUUGAAACCCGAAAGCAAAACCAAAGAUUUAAGUCACAAGUUGUUGAGAGCCAACUAUUGGCUAGAAAAAUACCUUCAGGGCAUAGAAGAAAUAGUACAGUUAUACAAAGAAAUUAA